UUCACAGUAACUCGUGGAUUCUUCUCAAAGGCCCCACUCAAAUCCCUAGACGGAGUAACAUCUGUUUAUGCACAUAUUUCUGUUAAACCCCCCUGGAAAAAACAGAGAUAGACAGAAGAUAAAACACCUUUAAAAAUGAAACAUUAAAAGGAACAAAUUGCCACUAGAGAAACUAAGCAAAGUCAACCUGGUUGAGGAAUCCAUCAUCUUGGGAUCAACAUCUUCGGAGAAAGGGCAGGGUCAUGUCCCAGUUGCCAUGCGCAACACCACGGUGACCUGCCUUCCCUGCCCCUCCCCCCUCCUCCUCCUAUUGGUCCAGCUGCUACUGCGGCUCCUCCUCUCUGGGCCAGAAUUUGUAGGGGCCGCCUCCCCCUGCCCCACCCAUUGCAGCUGCUCCAAUCAGGCCAGUCGAGUCAUCUGUACGAGACAGAGUCUGGAUGGGGUGCCUGAGAGCAUAUCAGUCAACACACGAUACCUCAACCUGCAAGAGAAUUCAAUAGAGGUUAUCAAGUCAGACACCUUCAAGCACUUGAGGCACCUUGAGAUCCUGCAGCUGUCUAAGAACAAAAUCAGUCAGAUUGAGGUGGGAGCAUUCAAUGGCCUGCCCAACCUCAAUACGCUGGAGCUGUUCGACAACCGCCUCACCCUGGUCCCCUCACAGGCCUUCGAGUACCUCAGCAAGCUGCGGGAGCUGUGGUUACGGAACAACCCCAUCGAGACGCUGCCGGGCUACGCCUUCCACCGCGUGCCCUCGCUGCGCCGGCUGGACCUGGGAGAGCUCAAGAAGCUGGACUACAUCUCAGACGCCGCCUUCGUGGGCCUGGUCAACCUGCGCUACCUGAACCUGGGCAUGUGUGGUCUGAAGGACAUCCCCAACCUGACGGCCCUGGUGCGUCUGGAGGAGCUGGAGCUGUCUGGGAACCGUCUGGAGAUCAUCCGGCCUGGCUCCUUCCAGGGCCUGGUGUCGCUCCGUAAGCUGUGGCUCAUGCACUCGCAAGUGAAGGUCAUCGAGCGCAACGCCUUCGACGACCUGAAGAACCUGGAGGAGCUCAACCUUUCCCACAACUCCCUGCACUCGCUGCCCCAUGACCUCUUCACCCCGCUGCACCAGCUGGAGCGGGUGCACCUCAACCACAACCCCUGGGUGUGCAACUGUGACGUGCUGUGGCUCAGCUGGUGGCUGAAGGAGACGGUGCCCAGUAACACUACAUGCUGCGCCCGCUGCCACGCUCCCCCCGGCCUGAAGGGCAGGUACAUCGGGGAGCUAGACCAGAGCCACUUCACCUGCUACGCUCCCGUCAUCGUGGAGCCACCCACCGACCUCAACGUUACCGAGGGCAUGGCUGCAGAGCUGAAGUGUCGCACGGGCACCACCAUGACCUCGGUCAACUGGCUCACGCCCAACGGCACCCUGAUGACCCACGGCUCCUACCGGGUCCGGAUCUCCGUGCUGCACGACGGUACGCUCAACUUCACCAACGUCACGCUGAGGGACACGGGUCAGUACACCUGCAUGGUGACCAACUCAGCUGGCAACACCACGGCAACCGCCGUGCUUAAUGUCACUGCCGCCGACGUUGGCGUCAGCUACUUCACUACUGUCACCGUGGAGACGGUGGAGCCCAACGAGGGCCCGACAGUCUACGCGGGCGUCAUGAACAGCCACAACGAGUCAUACGUCAUUACCCCGUCUGGCCACCAGUGGAGGGGGGGGCUCCCUACCACCGCCUCCUCCCUGUCAGCCUGGUCCUUGUCCUCGUCCCGGGCCACCCGGCCCACCUUUACUGUGCCCAUCACUGCCGAGACGGGCUAUUCUGGCCUUGAUGACGUGAUGAAGACCACCAAGAUCAUCAUUGGCUGCUUCGUGGCCAUUACCUUCAUGGCAGCCGUGAUGCUGGUGGUCUUCUACAAGCUGAGGAAGCAGCACCAGCUGCACAAGCACCACGGCCCCGCCCGCGCCAUCGAGAUCAUCAACGUGGAGGACGAGAUUGGCGCCGGUGCCGGUGGACGCGGGAGCGGUAUCUCAGGGGGCGGCACCGUCUCUCGGGAUGGAGGCGGAGGGGGAGGAGUAGGAGGAGGGCAGAGCCUGAGGAUGCAUCACCCGGAGAUGGUCAACCUGCCCAACCUGGCCAGACAGGAGCACCUCAACCACUACUACAAGGCCCACCACUUCAACAACAACAUGAUGGGCCUGGGCCUGGGCAUGGGCCUCAACAACAACAACAACCCCUCCCUCUCCCCCUGUUCCCAGACCCAGAGCACCCCCAACUCCUGCGCACAGGGGCACACCUCCACCAGCGGUGGCACCCCCACGGGUGGCUCGCUGCCCUCCCCUGUGCCCCUGCCCCAGCUGGGCAUCCACAGCUCUCUGAAGGGGCUCAUGGGGAAAGGCCAGAACCCUCAGAUCGAGCCUCUGCUCUUCAAGAGUGGCUCCAAGGAGAAUGUGCAAGAGACUCAGAUCUGAGAGAAAGAGAGAGACAGAUGGAAAAAGAGAGUGAUGAAGAGACAGAAAACAGGGAGAUGGAGGGAGAGAGAGGAGUCUGAUUGUACUAUCCCCAUGGCCAUAUUUCGAUAGAAAGUGUAGGCAGGCAGAAUAUGAAAUAUUACAUAGACACUGCUUUGUAUGGUUAGUGCAUAGAGAGUGAGAGAGAGAGAGAAAAAGAGAGCGAGAGAGAGGAGAGAUUGUUCUCACACCUCUACUGUGUCUGCUCAACACCCGUCCAAGCAUUAACAUCUUCUGAGACACUCCAAGACACACACAGACACACACAGCCCGACACAAGGACAGGAACAUUCUAUCAGCUAACACAUACACAGUGCAUUAUGAGAUUGACAACUAUGUGCCAAACUUGUGCAUAUCUGUGCCAAAGUAAAAGCCCUCGCAAUCUAUAUAUCCAUCCGCAGCAUUCCCAGACUGAAUCAGGUGACCAGGUUCAAUACUCAGACACAAUAAGAAUCACCAUGGUUAUAACUAAAUACAGAUCACCUCGUAUAUUAUCAGAUACAAUCCAAGUCACCAUGUAUAUAUAGAGAUAAGAUCUGAGUCACUCUGUUGAAGUAGGCGGAUAAGUGUUUGGGACUGUGUCAGAGCAGUACAGGGCUGCCCAGACGCACUCUGUGGAACAGCACAGAAAGUAAACCAUUGAGCAGAACACAGUUUAGUGUCGGACAACAAGCAAUGUGUAGGAAGAGGAAACAACAUCAACACCGGUUGUGUUUUACUUAGUGGGCUCAAUCUCACUUUCUCCCCUCUUUCACACCUGACUGGCUACUCUCUUUAAAGGAGAGGAAGGUAUAUGGAGUGAAUCGUCGUUAAAAAAAAAUGUAAUAGCAAAAAGGACUACGAAAGAUACAAAUAAACUGUGAAAGUACAUAUUAUAUAUAAAUAUAUUUUCAUUCGAAGAAAUAAAUUAUGAAGAAUCUUAACCAAGUUUCUGACUAAAUAGCCACAGCUUCUGAAGAAUAUAUGAACUGCUGUCAUAGCGGUCAUCACUAUGAAAACUUUGUUUGGCUAGAAACAAGAUGGCCGACAUUCUGUGCUGGAAAGGAACAUACUGUAGUGGAGGCUGUGGAUGAGCAAGAGCUCAAAUUGGAAACUGGCACAGUGUUUGAUUGAAUUUAUUUUGGCUUCAAGUUUUGUAGCAUCACAAAGCGUUCUCUCUCAUGACACAUUUACAUAAACAGGGUCGUUGGAGAAGGGGGAUCUUUACUCUCCAUUUAAUGAGAACAUAUGAUUACAAAACUUCACCCUUAGAUACAAACAAUAUGGAUAUUGUAAUGAUGAUAAUUAUAAUAAUUCAGUAAAUGCUUAUCAACCGUAUACUGUAGAUAGCUCUUAAAAGCAGAUAUAGGUUUAGCAUGCUCUCUGAUUCAAGUGGUAAUAUCUAAAAUUGCAAUGUGAUCGGUUUCAACUUCAUGCACUCAGUAUAUCUGUAUGCAAUAUAUCAUGAUAUUGAGAACAAAUGAUUAUUAUAAUUAUCAUCAUUAUUACUAUUAUUAUUACUAUUAUUAUUGAAAGGGAUGUUUAUAAUUGAUCCAGUGGGGAAUGAUUUUAUUACACAUGGAACGAUGACGAUCCCUUCAACCACCAUAUUGACUCCAACAACAGGGGAUGGACUGUGUUCCACCAAACACCAACCUGCAGAAACAGGAAAUACAUGGUCCUCAAAAUGGCUGCUCCCACAUGGCAUCCUCACAGCCCAUGCCUCCUCAGAAACUCCUCUGUUUUGUACAACAACACCAGUCUCAGCCGAUCAGGACCUCUCAUUUUAUUCUGUUGUGUAAAAGACAGGACAUGAACCUUUGUCGAAGACUGCUCGUUUGCAGAGGAUUAUAUCAGAACUCAGUGUUCUCAUGUGUGAAUGGAAUUCAUGGCAGCAGGGAGCUAAAGGAGGACAGCAUUUUGAAGCGUUUGAAAGGUAAGAGAAACCUAUUCAAUGAAAGAGACAGAAAGCCUAGAUGAAUCAUAUGGUGAUGGGUGAUUUUUUUUUUUUAAG